CUCGACUCCCAGCGUUGACUCUUCAACUUUCACGACUCCAAGUCCAUCAAGAUGGCUGCAAACGCUGACGUUCUUCGUCCCGACAACGUGCUGGCACUUGCGGGGAGCGCUCUGCGAGGAGACGGCACCACGGAGUCUGGACUGAAAUCGCCUGCCGAGGCCGUUGCUCUGAUCGGCCAUGCCUCUAUGGUCGCCGUCGGCUUCAGACUGGUGGGGCUGGGAGAAGAGCACAGAAUAUCUAGCUCCUCGGACACCCCCUCUUUGCCAUCGGAAUGGAACGCGAACGAUACGUUAGCCUUUCGAUACUCUCAUCCACAAUCCUCGAUGCAAUACCUACUCAAAGUCAACCGACUUGGAAACAACGCUGUCAUCCUAGCGCUGGCCCUCGGGGAUGAUCGAACCACGUCGUUCGAUGUCGCCGCCAAAGAUUUCAUUUCCCCGUCCUCCCUCCCGCUCACGUCGGGCGCCGAUUUCACCCCCGAUCGUCUGAGCGACGUGUUCAUCUCGCCCUCUCGUCUGACCGAUCUGAUCUCCUUGUUCAAAAUCAACGUAAUUCAGAAACUUGCGCCCGGAGUGUACAAGGAAGGGUACGAAGCUUCCAGCCAAGCCGCACAAGAACCGCGCGGAGAACGGCCAGCGCCGCGCAAUCCCUUGGCAGAUGACCCGCUGCCGCAGCCUGCUCGGCCGUAUCCUUUCGAUGACCCCUUAGCCGCUGCUCCGCGUCGACCGGUUCCCCCCGGUGACUUCGCUCCGCCCGGCUUCGAGGACGAGUUCGAGAUCCAGCGACCUCCGCGAGGCUACCACCCCGGAUUCGGCGGCAGGAAUCCCUUGAGCAUCGGCGAUCGGGAUCUAUACCCUCCUGGACUCGGUCCUCACGAUCCUCUGCGGGGUGGCGUUGGUCCAGGAUUGGGUGGCGGAGGCGGUGGUGGGAUGCAUCCUACCUUUGACGAUCCCCUGUUUGGCGGGGGUGGUCGAAGCGGAGGAUACGAUCCGCAAGCACCUCCGGGAGCACGAUACGAUCCGGUUGGCCCCGGAGGACCACCGUUUGGACAAGGGCGCGGGCCUUUUGGCGGACGCGGCGGCGGAGGAUUUGGCGGAUUUGGCGGUGACAUCAUUUAGGCGCGCGGUUAGGGAAAUUGCGGAUGGAGAAGUGGGAGGGGCAGUCUUUGCACGCCCGGAAAUGAUGAUGUCUGUGUACGACUUAUGACCCGUAAACUACGACAAUAGUGAUGAGAAUUUACGCCCAAUGAAUGUACUGCAAAUG